UGUAACUACGGAAGCCGUAUUAACUCGAAUUUAACGUGACGAUGUGAGCUGUAACCGCUUGCACGCUCGUUAGGGACAAACUCAAUAAUGAAGCGAUUGAGGAAAAAAGAACGAAGAGUCACGUUGAACCUGUAAUAGCGUAACGUCUUCUUCUUUCGCCACAAAGAAGACGGUGGACAUGUUAGUGACGUUCUAGUCGUGCUUUUGCGCGUCGGUGCGCGAGCUAGCUUAGCUCCGGUUGCUAAGUGACUCGGUGUGAUUUGAUAUGGCAGCUCGGGAGCCAGCUAGCAACUCGUCGCAUUGCUGCAUUUAUUCGCACUUUAUCACAAGAAACCUGAAAGUGUAUCCGGUGGAUGAUUAAAAGUCUGUUGACAUAACCACCUGGCCUGGCAUGGACCCAAGCGACUUGCGGGAGAGCCCCGCCGGUUCCGGGGAAUCCGACGCCGGGGACUGGAGGGAGGUUCGGCCCGGUUCGGACGACGAGGGAAAAGCCGGCCAAAGUGAGCCGUCGGGGGCUACAGAGAUGUCCCCGAAAAACACUUGCCGUCAUGACGUCGGGGGGGAUAAACCGAUUAAAGUGGGCGAACAGCUCCACAGCCCUUACGAUGACGAACUGGACCCCCGAAUUCAGGAAGAAUUAGAGCACCUAAACGAAGCCAGCGCCGAAAUAAACAAGCUGGAGCUGGAAUUAGAUGAUGCCCGGUCGGGUUACCGAAAGAUUCUCACGGACUCUGCUCGGAAGCUCAACGCUCACAGCUCCCAACUGGGCGGCUGCAUCGAGAAAGCCAGGCCCUACUACGAGGCCCGGCGGCUGGCCAAAGAGGCUCAGCAGGAGACCCAGAAGGCGGCGCUGAGCUACGAACGCGCCGUCUCCAUGCACACGGCGGCCAGGGAGAUGGUAUACGUGGCGGAACAGGGCCUCAUGGCGGACGGGAAGAACACCCUGGACCCAACCUGGCAGGAGAUGCUCAACCACGCCACCUCCAAGGUGAACGAGGCUGAGGAGGAGCGUCUUCGCAGCGAGCGCGAGCACAUGCGAGUCACUCACGCGUGUCAAGAGGCUGAGGCACGAGUGCAAUCUCUGCAGAAGUCACUGAGGAGAGCCAUCCUCAAGUCCAAGCCUUACUUUGAGCUCAAGGCACAAUUCAACCACAUACUUGAGGAGCACAAGACCAAAGUGGUGGAGCUGGAGCAGCACGUGUCCAAAGUGAAGAGUCGCUACUCCAUUGCACUGAGGAACCUGGAGCAGAUCAGCGAGCAGAUUCACGCUCAGAGGGGUCGCGACACCCCUGUGCCCGGAGGGCGUAGCACUCCUGUGGGGGCCGAGUCCGACGCCUACAAAGAGGGUGGAGCCUGCGGGGGUGCCGGUCCGCCACCCGGCGCACAGCCGGACGCCGACAAGGAGCGCGAGCGGGCCGGCUCGGACUCCGUGUCCGUCUUCAGCCUGCAGACCAUCGCCUCGGACCUGGAGAAGUACGACUCCAUCGAGCACUUGGGGGACCUCAGCGACGCCGGCAGCGUGACGGGCGAGGAGGACCAGAAUCGGGCGGUGGAGAGGCGAGACAAGCUGAGCCACAUUAGCGCCCGCCAGCGCCAACAGGAGUUCUCAAAGCAGCACCACCGCAGCUUCAGCUUGUAGUCCAUUUUCGAUAAGGAAAACUACAAACAUGGCCACUGGAGUGUAAAUAAGCACACCGGUGUUCACGGAGGCCUGAUGGGAAUCGCUCCCUCGCCACGGCAUGGUACACCGUACGCUCCUUCGAAGGGGGAAAAGCCAGUUAGCAUUUAAGCUAGUUCAAAUGUUAUAGCUCACUCCAGGCGGCUAACAUGGCCGGAAGCCUUGAGGAUUUUACUACCUAGAACACGUGAACUCCUUUGAGGGGGAAAGGGGUGCGAAUCUGUUAGCAUCCCAAGCUAGUGCUCGUCUUCAAGGUAAUCAAUCCAUUCGCGUUGCACGUUGGUUGUCAGAACGGAUGGUUAAGGAUGAAGGGAGUGGCGGGAUGAAUGCAUAGUUGUUAAUGUAACGCAGUGAGACGUGUGUCGUGUAUGCACCCCCCCCCAACCCUCCAUUUUCACCUUUUACUGACAUUGCUUGAUGUUGCACACGUUUAAGGGAAUGUUUUUAUUUAUGAGAUGCGAGCACUGACGGCAGUAAACACGCUACAUGACGAUGCUCGCGUUUUCCUUUUCAGCAAAAAUAACCUAAAUGUCCAAAUUCUAGAGUAACAAUUAUUUAAAAUCUUCAACAUCUGACUGUUUUUUUUAAAUCCUCCCAUUUUUAAAAUGCAAUUCUAACCCAACUAAAACAAGCUAUUUUAUUUCUGCUUUAUUUUUCUUGCGUGUGACACGAUGCUGGGCUAAUGUGAUUUGUACAUGGAGUAAUUAUGUAUAUCAUGAACAUAAAGUUGGUAAAUAUCGAUGGA